CAGCAUCAGUGGAGAACAGCAAUAUUGCGCAACUUGGAGAAAUAACUCCACAGUCCGUCCGGAGGAGCGCGCAAGUGUUCGUCUGCUGAGGCGCGUCCAGGUCCGGGCUUUGAUGAGGGAGUGAUUGAACCAGGACCACCCCUCGCUGACGCUGUGCAGCCGAAAACAGGAAAGUCAUGGAUUUUAGGAGAAAACAUCUCCCCGUCGUCAUUUUGUUAAUAAGCAGCGCCUGGCAGACUUUUUCUGACACGAAUGCUGAGGAGAAGUUCACAGAUGAGUUUCUGCCCCACCUGGAAGAUGACAACCAACUUACCUCUUGUGACUUUGAGUCAUUGUGUUAUUGGACUUUAACACACAACGGCACUCACAGUGAGUGGUCAGUGGUUUCACCCAAGCAGCUCAAAGGCACUAAGGCCAGGAUGACACCUGCAAUUGAUCACUCAGUGGGACAAUCUGAAGGGCACUUCCUUCUUCUGAGCUCAUCUGAUGCUGGGAAAUGUGAACACCAAAUAACAAGUCCGGUCUUGCCUGGAAGCAGCAGACAGUGCUUCCUGCAGGUGGCUCUCUAUGAGGCUGGGCCGACCAUGGGUAACCUAACGGUCUUGAUCAAACCAGUUCUGUCAGAUUUGGUUGUCCACUCGGAGGUUCUCAACCACAGGAGACCAGACACCCACAGGGAUGAGUGGCAGGUUCACAAGGCUAUGAUUGGUCAGAUGGAUGAACCGUUUCAAGUGACCCUGCUCUACACUUCCUGUGUGGGUGAAGGUGGAGUCAGUGUGGCUCUGGACUCUCUGGAUUUUAUAGACUGUGUGUCAGGUGAUGAGGCAGAAGACCUGAAUGCCAUGUGUGGAAAAUCUUUUCACUGUGUAAACUCGGAUGUAUGCAUCGAUCAGAGCCAAGUGUGUAACUUCCAUACGGACUGUCCUCUGGGAGAGGACGAGGGGUCGAUCUGUGAUGCUCUCCCCUUUGGCUCGUACUGCUCUUUUGAGUCGGAUUCAUGCGGCUGGUCCGCAUCCAGGCAGCGCUCAGGAUGGAGGAGAGUCGCUGGAGAUGAGCUUCUGGAGAAACAAGACAUGCAGGGGGUCACUCUUCAGCGCACACCAGGGCACUUCUUGUACCUGCAGGUUAAAGAGAGUAAUUCCUUUCCAGAAGCGUUCAUUCAGAGCUCCUUUUUCCCACCUCCGAUCUCCUCUACUGGAUGCCAGAUGCAUUUCUCUCUCUACUUGUACGGAACAUUUAAUGGCUCUUUGCAAGUUGCCAUCGAGGAAAAUGGGACCGCUGAUGUGCCUCUUGCCUGGGAGCGACAAGGCCAGUCGACAGACGACUGGGAAGCAGUUGCACUGAAGCUGAUUGGCCUUCAUCAUGGGUUCUACGUCAACGUGAAAGCUGUGUGGGGACAAGGCUCCAGCGCUGAUAUCGCUUUCGAUAAUAUUGCCAUCGGAGCAGCCUGCUUUAAUACAGAUCUCAACUCGCUGCUCCAAAUGCCUGACUUUGAUUUCCUGAGCCCCCUUCCUGAGCCUUCAGUCACAGAAGUCUCUCUGAUGACAUGGUGGUUCAACUCAUGUGGUGCCAGUGGCCCCAACGGCCCAACCCAAGCCCAGUGUGACAGCACCUACAGGAACAAAAAUGUUAGCGUCACUGUGGGGAAGGAGGGCCCCUUGAAAGGAGUCCAAAUGUGGAAGGUCCCGGCUACCAACCAAUACCUUGUCUCAGCCUAUGGGGCUGCAGGAGGAAAAGGUGCCAAAAACCAUAACAAGCGCAACCACGGAGUGUUCAUCUCUGGCAUUUUCCCUCUGGAAAAAGGAGAAAUUCUUCACAUAUUGGUGGGACAUCAGGGAGAGGACGCUUGUCCUGGGAGAAAUCCACGUACACAGAAAAUAUGUCUGGGAGAGUCGUCUAUGAUUGAAGACAGCCGCAGGUCUGACAGCGGUGCAGAGCGAGCAGGUGGAGGUGGCGGCGGGGGAGGAGCCACUUAUAUCUUUAAGAUGGAGGGCGGUGAGCUGGUUCCUUUGCUGAUUGCAGCUGGUGGCGGAGGAAAUGCCUACCUGGAGGACCCAGAGUCUAGUCUGGACCAGAUGCCUCUGGAGCAGUUUGAAAACAGCACCGCAGCCCGUGGUACCAACGGUCAAACUGGUGCAGCAGGUGGAGGUGGUGGUUGGAAGGACAGCCCCAGUCCUCAUCUGAGCGCCGGCAGAUCUCUGGUGGAAGGUGCUGUGGGAGGGUCUUCAUGCCCCCUGGCUCUGUCUAAGCUCAGCUGGUCAACUUUUGGGGGAUUUGGAGGUGGAGGUGGAGCCUGCACAGCAGGAGGUGGAGGAGGAGGAUACAGAGGAGGCGAUGCUGCCCUGCCAGACGAUAUCACAGCCGACGGUCAGAACGGUGUUUCAUUCAUACAUCCGAUGGGAGAAAUCUUCUUACAACCUCUGGCAGCCAUGGAGGGUCACGGCGAGUGUGAGAUCAAGGUGCAGCUGAAUUGCAGCCACUGUAAGACGCAGAGCUGCAAACGCGAAGAAGACACCCAUCGUGUUCUUUGUCUCUGCGACGAUGAUGAAUUCCUUGCCAGUGACAAUGUAACAUGCAUUAGUGCUAUAGCUCCGCAGAGCCCCGUCCCUCAGGGCCAGCUGUCCACCUCGCUGAUCCUGGCUGUCGUGGUGGCCAUCAUCGUGAGCGGAGUGGCUUUGAUCUGCUCCGGCGUCAUCCUCAUGUGGUACCGCAGGAAGAACGACCUGCACGCAGUAAGGCGGCGUCUGCAGAGUCCAGAGUACAAGCUGAGCAAGAUCCGUUCAUCCACCAUCAUGACGGACUACAACCCCAACUACUGCUUUGCAGGCAAGGCUGCCUCGCUUAGCGACCUAAAGGAAGUUCCACGCAAGAACAUCACCCUUCUCAGGGCUCUCGGUCAUGGUGCAUUUGGUGAAGUCUACGAGGGACAGAUCCUGGGAAUGAGUGCUGAUGGCAGUCCCAUGCAGGUGGCCAUAAAGACGCUUCCAGAAAUCUGCUCCGAGCAGGAUGAAAUGGACUUCCUGAUGGAGGCUCUGAUUAUGAGCAAGUUUAGCCACCUGAACAUCGUCCGCUGUGUCGGCGUCAGUCUGAACAUCCUGCCUCGCUUCAUCUUGCUCGAACUGAUGACCGGAAGAGACAUGAAAAGCUUUCUGAGGCAGAACAGACCACGAACGGGCCAGAUCUCUUCUCUCACCAUGUGGGACCUGCUGCAGAUGGCCAGAGACAUCGCCUGUGGCUGCCUAUAUCUGGAGGAGAACCAGUUCAUCCACAGAGACAUUGCUGCCAGAAAUUGCCUGCUUACCUCCCCCGGACCAGACAGAGUGGCCAAGAUUGGAGACUUCGGCAUGGCUCGAGACAUUUACAGGGCCAGUUACUACAGGAAAGGUGGUCGGGCCAUGCUACCAGUCAAAUGGAUGCCGCCGGAGGCCUUUAUGGAGGGAAUCUUCACCUGCAAAACCGAUACUUGGUCAUUUGGAGUACUGCUCUGGGAAAUCCUCUCUCUGGGCUACAUGCCUUACCCUUGUAAAACCAACCAAGAGGUUCUGGAGUUUGUCACCAGCGGAGGCAGAAUGGAUCCUCCAAAGGGAUGCCCAGGACCUGUCUAUCGGCUAAUGACCCAGUGUUGGAAGCACUGUCCCGAUCACCGGCCCAAUUUUGCCACCAUCCUGGAGAGAAUUAACUAUUGCACUCAGGACCCUGAUGUGAUAAAUACCCCUCUGCCUGUUGAGUAUGGCCCCAAUACAGAAGAUGAUGUCAGCACAGUGAUGCACCCCGCUGCCCCCACCUCAGCCAGUCUCACUCCUUUACUGGUGUCACGCCCUGUUUGCAAAGAUUCGUCCUCCCUGCUCGGUUUCUCCCCCAAGGGCUUCAGACCCCCAAUUCCUCCCCCACAGCCCACCAAACCUCACCUUCUGCUACAGAGAACCCAACCUGUUCAUCAAGAAGUGACUUCGUGCUGUGAAAUACUGGAGCCGUCCUGGGCUGAAACCAUUCCUGCCCCUGGUUUGUCAGCCGUAGCAAAUUCUCUACAUCCUGAGCCUCCUCAUCACCAUCCCUGCUCCAGAAAUAGCUCCUCCUCAGGGAGUCAAAAGCAGAAAAACAGGACCAAGAACCUUUGGAACCCAACAUAUGGUUCCUGGGUGCUGGAAAGCUUCAGGCCGAAGAAAACACUGGCUCACACUCAGUCCAUGCCGCUCUCAAGUUCCACCCCCAACCCCCAGUCUUGCAACUCGACUGCAGAGAACAACAAAGCUGUUUGUGGUGGAACCAGCAGCACCUACCUCAGCCCAGCUUUAUCUCCAGCCUCCCAGGUUCAAGCUGCACCGUCUGCUCCUUCCCACAAGGCCUCAGCAGGGUGCACCACUAAAGCUGGGGUGGACCUGGCUAAACUCCAGAGUUUCCCCUGUGGAAAUGUCAACUAUGCCUACGAUGAGCAGAGCUAUGAGGCAGAGAGCCUACCCCUGGUGAAGCCCAAAGCCUCAGAAGUCAUCACAAGCCGCAGCAGUACUCCGAGCGUUUCACCAGGAACCGGCCUGGGUGUGGUGCUGGGGUUCAGCAGCGCGUCAGCUUGCAUGCCUAAACUUCAGCUGAAACGCCACGCCAGCUAUGGACACGAGGACUUGAGAAGACACGUUAAAACAGAGAAACUCAGUCGUGACCGAGACUCUGGCUUUUCUCUGUCUGAAGACCUGAGUGCUGCACACAUCUAGAAAUCUGCACGUGGCCGCAGAGACGUUGGUUCCGAUUAAAUCCACCAGCUGGAUGAUGAGAACUGCACAAGAUCAAAUGACUGCAGCUGUAUGAUAUGCUGGAAAACUCAACGAAAUGCUGACAAUUAACACUUUUCUGUAUUUUUUUACAGUCACUGCUGUACUCGGCACCCUUUCCUGGGCUUCUGGUAUAGAGGUAGCUAAACACAAAUGCUGAAAAACCGAUUCUGAGCAGCUCGUCGUUUGAUUUUCACUACUACGUAGCCAUCUUUUUAUCCUACCUUUGUUUCAUGAUAGCUUUGGCAGAAAAUCUGUACAACCUCAAGAGGUUUUGAGUGAAGGAGUUUUAAGGUAGCAAUGUUUAGGAAAUACUGACAUCUAGUGGUCAAAAAGAGAUUUCAACAAUCCAAUUUCACAUUAUGGAGCUACAAAUUGCAUCUGUAGUUAUGGUUAAAAGCUAAUAAAUACACACCUGAUCUGGUUUUUACCAGAUUCUAAAAUUCUUUAACAGGCAACAGAUUCCAGUCAUUAUUUACUGAAUAGAGACGAAGCCAGAAUGAAAAACCUUGUGAAAUAAACUGCUAAGUAUAUACAAAUCACAGAAUUUAGAGGAUUUGCUUUCUUCUUACCAUCGCUUAUAUUGGUACCUUAAAUUACCUACUGAGAAGAAAACAAUUGUUUUUCAAAUUUUACUUUCAUCUAUGUAAAGCCAAACUUUAUUUCUUCCUAUUUUUACUUUUUUAUGUUAUUUGUUUUUACAUCAUUUAAGUUUAUGAUCCCCAUUCCAGUAGUUUUUCUACAUCUGAGCAGAUGCUGCUAGUUGCAUCUUUUUACAUCUCUCACAUCUUCCCUUGAGAUAUAUCUACUGAUGUUUUUCUUCUUUUGUUGUUGUAGAUGAUUCAAAAAUAACAAGGACUGGAAUUUAUGAAAGCAACACUUUACCAAAGUUCAUUAGAUCUGCACCUGGGUUUUUAUUGUGGUGCUGUGCUCACCUUAACCGUAGGUCUACACCCAGCUCCAGUCAGAGGUUUACAUCCACUUGUCAUCAACAAGGAUGUCCAACUGAUUCUCAGCUUUUACUUUCUGACAUAAAACUGUAAAAUUGCGUGCACUGAUUUGAAUUCAUUGUGGAUUUCUUUACAUUCUCAAAGGAUUCAAUUUGCACAUACUGGCUAAGAUUCAGCAUUUGUCUUUAAGAAAUGUUGAAAAGGAAGGAUCUUUUAACUUGACAAUGCAAAGGUCUCUUAAUUUCUUGUUUGUCAUCAUGACUAAGUGCAGCUGGUGAUUUCUCUUUGCAACAUAAGGUAGAUUUGUUUGACAAAAUGUAUUGGACUCACUUUUAAGGGACUAAGAGAUUAACAGUCCAUAAAAUAGCACACAAGUAAAAGUUAUUCAAAUGUCCAUUAUGAGACAGAACCAAACUGGGAUGGAAGGACAUUGCCUUGGAUGUUCAGGAACUGGCCCCGAACUGGAAACUCCUAGAGGACCAGUGUCAUGGUUAAAGCAGUUUCACACCACCAUGGACUGAGAGAGUGUCAUUCAAGGAACAAACCCCUGCUCCAAAAUCAACACCUUAAGGCUGAUAUGGACAAAAAGCUCAACCCCUUCUCGUGAAAGGUUUGAUGGUCAGACGAGACAAAGAUUAGUUUUGAUGACAAGAAGAAUGUUUGGAUUCAAAAGGAGGCUUAAAAACCUAAGUACGCCGUACAGAUUGUUAAGCAUGGUGGUGGUAGCAUCAUGCUGUGGGACUGUAAAACUGCUACUUUUACUGGUGUUUUGCACUACGAGGGUCAAGUGAACAGCUGGAUGGUUGAAACAAGUUUACCUGGUUCAUUGUUUGUAAAAAAAAAAAUGCAGUCCUAUAUUUUAUAAUUGCUUCAACCUAAAAAAGAAAGUUUAAAAAGCUCUAAAUUUAUAUUAUAUUCAUGCCCACGAAAAUGUGUGUCUGUAAACCUCUGACCAGAACUGUGUUUGCUUAGUUUAGGAAGGUUGCCUUUGACUGGAAACAUUGAAGUUAUUCAGCCAUUAAUGAAAUACUUGAUGAAUGUUUGGAUGAAUGCUCAGACUUCAUGUCCCAAUGUUUCCUUCAGAUGAUGUGAUUUAUAAAUUAAUGGCUGAAAAUUGGCCUUGCAGCUGUGAACAUACACACACACACACACACCAUAUACCAAUCAAACUGUUGCACGUUAACGCAGUCGUACAUAAUUAAAUACAGACAUAAAAUGUCAAAAUCCUAUGUCAUUAUUUGUAUUUCAAUGCUAUUUUUAUUCAUUCAAUUUGUUUUUGUACCAUAUUUUAAAUAUGUUAACAGUAUAUUUCAUUUGUUGAAUAUUUAUUUGAUGUGGCUAUAGUCUGCAGCACUGUUCUAUGUUUUAUGUUCAAACCUGCUGAAAUUAGUGACUCUGUUUCCAAUUCAACCUAAAAAUACUUAGAAAAACUGUAAUAUUUUUUUAUUACAUUUUAUCUCAUCCUCACCUAUUUUUCUAAGAUGUCUUUUCACAUACUGUAAACUACAGAUGCCUCAAGCAGAAAUGCAGACCUGCGCUGUGCUCUGCUUGUUUUGUCCUCAGUAAUCAUCAUAACAUUUUUAGAGAAUGCUGCACUUGAGCAGAGAUUCAUUUACAUUCAUAUUUGCUUAGCCAGUAGCUUGUUAGCUUAACGCAGCUGUGAAAAUCUUUAUUUUUAUACUCAUGUCUGUACACUGGACUAACUCUUUACAUUUUGUAAGUUGUGUUAUUGUUAAUGUUGACUUUGUAGUAGAUCACUGCCAUUAGACACUGCUUGUGCACUGCUGGUUUGACCAGUAGGAGGAAACGCAGUAUUUAGAUUUUGAGUUUAUUGUUUAAUGUGACAAGUUUAUUAGUUUUAUAAUUUAUAACCUCAACUCUUUCUCUCAUUUAUUUUAUCAUUUGAGGUUUAUAUAGAUCUUCUUUAUAAAUUGUGCCCAGGCUUACCAGUAUUAGUGUCCUUAUUUCCAGCUGUUGACUUGUAAAUAAAAUCUUUAAAAAUCUGUAAACCUGCUGGUGAAUCUCUAUAAAAGCUGCUUGUUCUAUGGAAGUCAUAUUUGAUCAAUUCUGGAUACCUUUUAGGCCAAACUCCCUUUAAAUUAAUGUAUUUUUAUGACAUGAUGGAGGCUCAACCUGUAAUCCAAAUAUGUUCAACACAAUUCAUUGACUUAAACCUUUUUUCCUCACCUACACAAAUAAAUCAGAAUAUUUAUCCUA